AUGGAGGUGGAGGAGGAGGGAAGACGAUCUCCACACAAUCGUGGGGAAGCGUGUGUUCCCGAGAGCUUCUUUGAUCGCGUAACGCAAGGGUUACGCGGCGAUCUCGAACAUGAGCGGGACAGGCGUCUCCAACUGGUGGACACUGUCUCGAGGCAUCGAGCUAAGUUUGCCUUUGCUCAGCUUGAGAACGAGAGAGCUCUGACAUCUCUUCGUGACGAGCUAAGGGUAGCUCGUGGGAUUGUUGAUCGGUCUCGGGAUGAGAUGACUGCUCUUCAGACCCUUGUCGAUGCUCACCAUCGGGAGCACAAGGCUCUCUGCGAGAUGCUUGAGAGCAAGGGCGUUCUUCAUCGGAAGAAGCAGCGUACUGAUGGAAAGGCUUAA